CACUGGGCUAAGUGGUGGGGGACAGAGUGCUUGCGCCCCGGCGGCGGCGGGGGCGGCGGCUGCAGCGGAGGGUCCGGGGCCGAAGACGUGGCCCCCAAGCUGCGAGCACACGGGAACGAGCUCGAGGCUGCGCGGCGACCACUCGGUGCAGCGCCCAAAUCUUAAUCUCAGAAUCCAGUAAUAACCAUAAGACUGUAUGCACUGCAGGUGGAAAUGAGUUCUCAGCAGUUUCCUCGGUUAGGAACUCCUACCCCUGGGCUAAGCCAGGCUCCUGCACAGAUCGCGAGCAGUGGUUCUGCAGGACUGAUAAACCCAGCAGCUGCAGUCAAUGAUGAAUCUUCUCGAGAUGCUGAAGUCACUGCCAGGGAGCACAUGGGAUCCAGCAGCUCCCUCCAGCCCCGUGAAGAGAAGCAAGAGCCCGUUGUGGUAAGGCCCUAUCCACAGGUGCAGAUGCUGCCUACACACCACGCUGUUGCAUCGGGCACCCCUGUCACUGUGACAGCCCCACCAGCACAUCUGACGCCUGCAGUGCCACUCUCAUUUUCGGAGGGACUUAUGAAGCCACCCCCGAAGCCCACGAUGCCUAGCCGUCCCAUCGCUCCUGCUCCACCUUCUACCUUGUCACUUCCCCCCAAGGUUCCAGGGCAGGUCACAGUUACCAUGGAGAGCAGCAUCCCUCAAGCUUCAGCCAUUCCUGUGGCAACCAUCAGUGGACAACAGGGCCAUCCCAGUAACCUGCAUCACAUCAUGACCACCAAUGUGCAGAUGUCCAUUAUCCGCAGCAGUACUCCUGGGCCCCCUCUGCAUAUUGGAGCUUCUCAUUUACCUCGAGGUGCAGCAGCUGCUGCUGUGAUGUCUAGUUCUAAAGUAACCACAGUCCUGAGGCCGACUUCCCAGUUGCCAAAUGCUGCAGCAGCUCCACCAGCAGUCCAGCACAUCAUUCACCAGCCAAUCCAGUCUCGUCCACCUGUGACGACUUCUAAUACCAUCCCUCCUGCUGUGGUAGCAACUGUCUCAGCCACCAGAGCUCAGUCUCCAGUCAUUACUACAACAGCAGCACAUGCUACUGAUUCAGCACUUAGUCGGCCAGCUUUGUCUAUCCAGCACCCACCAUCUGCGGCCAUCAGCAUUCAGCGCCCCCCCCAGUCACGGGACGCAGCAACAAGAAUAACACUGCCCUCGCACCCUGCAUUAGGGACACCAAAGCAGCAGCUUCACACCAUGGCUCAGAAAACCAUCUUCAGCACGGGCACCCCAGUGGCUGCGGCGACAGUGGCACCUAUUUUGGCGACCAACACCAUCUCUUCAGCAACCACAGCCGGAUCUGUGUCACACACACAAGCCCCCACGAGUACAAUUGUUACCAUGACAAUGCCCUCCCAUUCAUCCCAUGCUACUGCUGUGACCACCUCAAACAUCCCAGUUGCUAAGGUGGUGCCUCAGCAGAUCACACACACUUCUCCUAGGAUCCAGCCUGAUUACCCCACGGAGAGGAGCAGCCUGAUUCCCAUUUCAGGACAUCGGGCCUCUCCAAAUCCUGUGGCCAUGGAGACUCGAAGUGACAACAGGCCGUCUGUUCCUGUCCAGUUCCAGUACUUUUUGCCAACGUACCCACCUUCUGCAUACCCACUGACGGCACACACAUACACCCCGAUCACCAGCUCUGUGUCCACCAUCCGACAGUAUCCAGUUUCAGCUCAGGCUCCAAACUCUGCCAUAACAGCUCCGACUGGUGUUGGGGUGGCAUCUACAGUUCACCUCAACCCCAUGCAGUUGAUGGCAGUGGAUGCAUCUCAUGCUCGGCAUAUUCAAGGGAUCCAGCCUGCACCCAUCAGUACACAGGGGAUACAGCCAGCCCCCAUUGGGACCCCAGGAAUACAGCCAGCACCAAUUGGUACACAGGGAAUUCACUCAGCAACCCCAAUCAGUACCCAAGGACUUCAGCCUGCAUCAGUGGGUACUCAGCAGCCUCCGCCUGAAGGAAAAACUUCAGCAAUGGUGUUGGCAGAUGGAGCCACAAUCGUAGCCAACCCCAUCAGCAGCCCAUUCAGUGCUACUCCGGCGGCAACCACCGUGGUGCAGACCCACAGCCAGAGCGCCAGCACCAACGCCCCCGCCCAGGGCUCCUCCCCCCGGCCGAGCAUCCUUCGGAAGAAGCCUGCCACAGAUGGAAUUGCAGUUCGGAAAACCCUCAUUCCUCCUCAGCCUCCAGAAGUAGCCAGUCCUCGAGUGGAGGGCUCCGUGCGGAGCACGUCCGGGUCCCCGAGGCCUGCAGGUGCCAAACCUAAGUCAGAAACCCACGUAUCAAUGGCCACUCCAGCCACUGUGUCCAUGGAAACUGCGUCCAAUCAAAAUAAUGACCAGCCCACCAUUGCAGUCCCUCCCACUGCGCAGCAGCCUCCACCAGCCAUUCCAACCCUGAUCGCAGCGAGUCCCCCGUCACAGCCUGCGGCGGCCCUCUCCACCAUUCCUGGGGCCGUGCCCAUCACUCCGCCCAUCACGACCAUCGCAGCUGCGCCCUUGCCCGCAGCAGCCGCAGGUGGCAAUCCCUCCUCGGUCCUGGGCCCUCCUGGGCCUGAGAUCAAAGUGAAGGAAGAAGUGGAGCCAGUGGAUAUCAUGAGGCCCGUCUCUGCCGUUCCUCCACUGGCUGCCAGCACUAUGUCACCAUCUCUUGCGUUGCUGGCUAACAACCUGUCCAUGCCUACAAGUGACCUGCCACCUGGUGCCUCCCCAAGGAAAAAGCCUCGGAAGCAACAGCAUGUGAUUUCCACAGAAGAGGGGGACAUGAUGGAGACCAACAGCACUGAUGACGAGAAGUCCACGGCCAAGAGUCUCCUGGUGAAGGCGGAGAAGCGCAAGUCUCCUCCCAAGGAGUACAUUGAUGAAGAAGGAGUGAGGUAUGUCCCUGUGCGUCCAAGACCUCCCAUUACUUUGCUUCGUCACUAUCGGAACCCCUGGAAAGCUGCUUACCACCACUUUCAGCGAUACAGUGACGUCCGGGUUAAAGAAAUCCGAAAUGAAGGCCUCAGCAGGACCAGCCUCGGAAGGCUGCAGACGACCGCUCUCCUUACCUGGCCAGCUCCUGGCGCUGGACAGCACUGGGCGUGCAGCUGCUUCCCUCUAGCGUCUGCCUCCGGACCCACAGUGUUCUUCCCCGUGUGUCUGACUCCGCAGGAGACAUUCGUCAUUGGAGCUGGGGUCCAUCUUAGCUCUGUGACUGCAUUACAUCUGCCAAGACCAUCACGUUUAGAGGAGAAGAAAGCCAUGCUGCAGGAAAUCGCCAGUCAGAAGGGGGUGUCCUGCCGGGCCCAAGGCUGGAAAGUCCACCUCUGUGCUGCCCAGUUGCUACAGCUGACGAAUCUAGAACACGACGUCUAUGAGAGACUCACCACCCUCCAGGAAGGGAUCAUCCCCAAGAAGAAGGCAGCGACUGACGACGACCUGCACCGCAUAAGCGAGCUCAUCCAGGGGAACAUGCAGAGGUGUAAGCUGGUGAUGGACCAGAUCAGCGAGGCCAGGGACUCCAUGCUCAAGGUUCUGGACCAUAAGGACCGUGUCCUGAAGCUUCUCAACAAGAAUGGGACUGUCAAGAAGGUGUCAAAGCUGAAGCGGAAGGAGAAGGUCUAGCCCCAGAAGAGCCGGGGCUCUGGGAACGGAACGUAUGAAGAAUGAUGGCAGGCUGGCGGGAGGGCGUUACCCUCCAAGUGGAACAUUGAAGUAAAGGCAGCGCUCCUGAAGCCCACGUGGAGGCCGAGGGCCCUGGCGUCAGGGUCACGGAGCUGGCCCCGUGGCUGCCGUUCGUCCUGGGCCUGUCCCACCUCAGUGCACUGGCAUCAGGGGUGCCGGGGCCCAGGGGCUGCCCCCCGGAACCAGUGGACGGUGACGGCUGGCAUUGUCAGCUUUCUGGCU